AAAAAUACUUGGAUAGACUUUUAAAAUAUAAUCUUCAAUUGUGCUUAAUAAACAACGAGACACUUCAGAAGGCGGUCGCUCCUAAUCCUAAAUGGUAUCAGUCAGUGUAGAUUGGUUCGUCUCAAAUAAAGAGAACUUAUCUCAGAAAUGCAGAAUCUCCUGUUUACUGAUUGAUUAGCCGUCGCUUGCUUUAUUAGUUCGUUGCGCGGAGUGAUAUUGAAUGGACGACAGUGCCUCCUAGAAAUAUGGACAGUUAAUUUCUUCCAGAUCUCGAGGUAUAUCGUAAAUAAAGUGUCCCUUUUUAUUACUAAAAGGUUAUCCACGGAUAAAAAGAACGCUUUUUAAAACUCAAAAAUGAGCGCAACAAGUUCAGUGUUCCCGGGAUCGGGAUACUUCCCUGAAUAUAUUUGGACGUUCGUUGAAGAGUUGGAUGAGCAUCCUUGGUUAUUCUCUGCUCUUGCAUCGGUUUUAGUGGGUUUAAGCGGCAUAUUGCCGCUGUUAAUAAUCCCUAUAGAUGAAACUGCAUCAUUUAAAGACGGAGCUGGCGCGGGGACGCUGCGUGUGCUGCUGAGCUUUGCAGUGGGCGGUCUAUUGGGCGAUGUGUUCUUGCAUCUGCUGCCGGAGGCCUGGGCGCAUGACUUGGCCAGCAGAAAAGAAGGCGAACACGUUUCCCUAAAAUGUGGUCUUUGGUGUCUCUUCGGCAUGCUAAUGUUCAUAAUAGUGGAGAAACUCUUCGCCACCACCGAAGAAGAAGAUGAAGAGGAGGAGGAGUCGCCGGACAAGAAGCAGAACGGGAAUAUAAAGCAGAUAGAGAUAGAGGAGAUUGAGAAGCUUCUACAAGUGGAGAGGAAACAGAGGGGCGUUAAGGGGCCAGGCCUCUGCAAUGGGAGCGUGACCGCUGAGCAACUGUACGACACGUGUGUGUUCAAUAAUAAUACUAAAGGCGAAGGUGGAUGUUGUAGCAGUACAUCUGAUACUAGAGAGGGGAGAUGCGGCGCUGGUGGAAGGUGGAUGGGUCGCUGCCUAUUGAGGGAGGCUCGGGAUAAAGCCACGCGAGCCAAGAAGGAGAAGAGCGAUAAGAAAGAUGUCGCCGGCUACCUGAACCUGAUGGCCAACUCGAUCGACAACUUCACGCACGGGCUGGCCGUCGGCGGCUCCUUCCUGGUCGGCUUCAGGGUGGGGGUGCUCACCACCUUCGCCAUACUCGUUCAUGAAAUACCUCACGAAGUUGGGGACUUUGCCAUAUUAUUGAAGAGCGGGUUCUCUAGGUGGGAAGCUGCUAAAGCGCAAUUGGCGACUGCGUCUGCUGGGCUGAUUGGUGCCAUGACAGCUGUAAUAUUCAGUGGGGCGAGAAAUGCCAUAGAGGCUAAAACCUCAUGGAUAGUGCCUUUCACCGCGGGCGGGUUCCUGCACAUAGCCCUAGUGACUGUAUUGCCGGACUUAUUGCGCGAGAGGGAUCGUCGCCAGUCUGCCAGACAUUUGGCCGCGCUGCUGGCCGGCAUAGCAGUCAUGGCGGUCAUGACUCAUUACUUCGCAUAAUCAUUAUAAAUUAAAUAUUGAAAUUUGUUAAAAACGUCAUAAUUUAGUCUUGGACACGGGGGUAGGGGAAAACAAGUAUUGGAUAAUUUUAAAGUUGUGAUAUUUUACAAAUUCGAUUUUUUUUCUUUUUUUUUCAUUGCGUUAUGUUGCCAACGCAAAUACGUAGGGAUCACCAUUUGAAAAGUCGUAAAAAAUUCGGACAUUUUAACAGCAGCCUAGAUCGGGAUAAAUACGGCAUUUUGCGGUAACCACUACUCUAAGAAUGAAUAAUAAUUUAUUUUCAUGCACAUCACUCAUUAAAUAAAACUAGUUUUAACGAAUUAAUGCACGAG